CUUUGUCACUGACUUCAAACUUUUAACUUCUGGUAUUCGUCUGUGAUUGUCAAAAAAAAAAACCUUGAUAUGUCAAAACAACGGAAAACCAAAAUAUUUUUGUAAAAUCAGUGCUGUAAAUAAAAACUAUGUUUUCGAAAAGUAAAUAAGUUAUGAAAUCAGUUGUUUUCAUACCCAGGCAUUUAAUUCAAUAGAAAUAAUGUCAGGCGGCAAAUUAGAUGUAAUUUGGUCGCCUGUGCAUCAAGAUAAGUUCAUUGUAUGGGGUCAGGACAUAACCCUAUACGAGGUCUCUCGGCUUCAAGAUAUUGAAAAGAAGACUACAUUUACCCAGUUGUCUUCCACCCGAGGUGCAGUAGUAGUAGCAUCACAGAGUGGGAGUGGAGUGCGAUGUGUAGACGUCAGUGCGAUAGCGGAACACCCUGACCCCCUGCUAGCACUGGGGCAUGCCAGUGGCAGAGUCACACUGACUAGCCUCAAACAGACCUAUGACCCCCUUGGACUAGUUGGAAGGGAAUUCGUGGCGCGGUACCCCCGUCCUUGCAACUCAGUUUCAUGGAACCGCAGAGAAAACAACCUGCUGGCUGUGGGGCUGGAGAAACAUCGCAGUGACAACUGCAUCCUGCUGUGGGACGUGCAGACUUGCAGUACAGAUGACUUUAUAGGUUCUGAUAUCCCGGUAGAGAGUUCGUCCCCCCCUGCGUCGGAGCCGCCGCGCCCCGUGGCGGAGGUGGCGACGGGGGAGACUGCUCACACCGUGUCGUGGUGCGCGUUCGCGCCGCGCACGCUCGUCGCGUCCAUGAACCUGAAGCAUCUCAAGAUUUACGAUCUACGUGAAAGCGGUGGCAAAGCGUGCGGGGUAGCGAACACACGGCAGUGUUUCGGCGCGAGCGCAGCGCCGCAGGGCUGGCUGGUGGCGUCGCGCGGCGAGGGCGGCGUGGCGGUGUGGGACGCGCGGUCUCUGGCCCAGCCCUUGCUCUCUCUGCAGCUGCCCAAGCCGCCGCGCAAGAUUCAGUGGAGCCCUACCAGACGCAACUUGCUGAUCUCGCUGCAGCGCGACUCCAACUCGCUGCGACUGCACGACAUCCAGCAAGCGCACGAGUAUAAGGCUCAGAACUCAUUGGACAGUGUGGUGUCAGCUGCGGCGGCGUUGGAGGAGUGUGAAGCCGAGGCCGAAGAGGGAUCCGCAGUGGAGCGAGAUAUAACUAUCUGCGGGGCGCCGCUGGCGACUUUUGCCUGCCACCCUACGCAGUGCGCGAGGCUAUUGGCUCUCGCAUUAUCGGGGUCCCUGAGUGAGUACACGGUGUGCGAGCGCGUGACGUUGUCGUGGGGGGCCACGGGCACGCUGGCGUGGGCGGGCGCGGGCGCGCUGCGCCGCAUGCACGCGGCCUUCUACGCGCACGUGCCGGACAUCUCGCACGUCGCGCGCACAAGGGCUUCUACAGACUACGGGCUCAAGCCGGACCUCUGGCAGAACGCAGACCUCGCUGAUGACGAGGCACUGAGCGGACUGUGGCAUUUUUUGGCCCUCAGCAAGUCACUCGUCGAAGAUGGAUGUAUUCGGAACAGUCCAUGGAAGCACCCCGGAGUGCGGAGCGUGCUGCGCUCUCCCGGAGAGGGGUAUCGGUCAGAGGUGGUGGCUGCCUUGCUUCCUGAUCUGCCCAACCGGAAAGUUACUAUUUACAGGAGUGCGGAGCGAACGCGCGCGUUGCAGCUGUGCGGCUGGGGCUGGGGCUGGGAAAACGCGGGCGCGGGCGUGGAGCGCGCCGAGGCCGCCGGUACGCCGUGCCGCGCCGCCGCGCUCGCUGCCUUCCAUCUGCGCCUGAGGACCGCGCUGGACGUGCUCGCGCGUGCGCAGGAGCCGCGAUUGCGUAUCGCGGCGCUCGCGCUGGCGCCGGGCGACGAGCGGCUGUGGCGCGAGGCGCUGGCCGCCGCCGCGCCCGCGCUGCCGGACCCCUACCUGCGCGCGCUGUUGUACUUCCUCGCCGCCGCCAACUCGCCCGCGCCCGACCCGCUGCCCGACUACUCCGCUGUGCUCAACGAAACAGAAAUGCGUCUAGAAGACCGAGUGGCGUUCGCGUGCAUAUUCCUCUCCGACACAAAACUGCACGACUAUGUCACACGGAUUUGCGACGAGCUGCGCGCGCGCGGCGACCUGUCCGCCCUGCUGCUCACCGGCAUCAGCAACGACGGCAUUGCCGUGCUGCAGACCUGGCUGGAGAACACUGGGGACGUGCAGUCUGCUGCGUUGGUCGCUGCAAGGUGCUGCCCGCCGGAGCUGCUGCGAGACGCGCGUGUUCGCGCGUGGCUGGCGGAGUAUCGGCAGCUGCUGGACGCGUGGCGGCUGUGGUGGCCGCGGUGCUUGCUGGACACGUGGGUGGCGGCGGCGGGCGCGGGGGAGAUGAGCGGCGCGGGCGGCGCGAGCGCGGGCGUCGCGUGCACGUACUGCGGGAAGCCGGUCGCGGCGGCCGCGCACGCGAGGCCCAGACCGGCGUUCGCGAGGCUGCCCCCACCUGCCGCCAAAAUGAAGCAAAUCUCGUCGUGUCCGAACUGCCGCAAGCCGCUGCCGCGCUGCGGCGUGUGCUCGCUGCACCUGGGCACGGGUGCGGGGGGCGUGGCCGCGUUGCCCGCCGCGCCGCCCGCGCCCCCCGCGCCGCCCGCCGCGCCCGCGCCCGCCGCCACCUUCGGCGGCUGGUUCAGCUGGUGCGUGGCGUGCCGGCACGGCGGACACGCCGCACAUCUGCUGCAGUGGUUCAGUGAACACUCGGAGUGUCCCGUCAGCUCGUGCAGCUGCCGCUGCUCCGCGCUCGACCCGCCGGACCCCGCGCCGCGGCCCCCGCACACGCCCUCCUAGCGACACCGACCUCGCACACGCCAUUUUAUCUCUCUCUAGGGGUCAAACACUGCCACACUUCCUCAAAAACAAAAUCAAUGCGUACUGCAUUAUUCAAAUACUUUACACUUCCUACUAACUUCACUCACAAAACGUAAUAACGUUGUAAUAGCCGUGUUAAUAUAAGCUGGCAUUACAUUCACACAAUGCGUUUGUGUACUUAUCUGUGAAAUAUGAAUAAGCGCAAGUGUCAUGAGAAGGCUCCGUCUCUUCCGCACGCAACCAGACUUAUAAACGUGAUCGAAAAAUGUAUUGUUUUGCUUAUACUAUUAUUAAAUAUAGCGUGAUUUUCUACCACUAAUUUUUUAGGUUGGAAUAAAAAGUUAUAUUAAAAAAAAUCGCUUCUGGCAUAACAAUACUGAGCACAGCUAAAUUUUAAAGUAUUCGCAUCGCAUCGUAUUCGCAAAGUAUCGCAUCCUCUUCUUGCUAGUGUAAUAUGAAAAGGACGGACACAGUUUGACAGUUUUAAAUUUAACUAAGAGCUGUCAAACCUCGUGACGUUAAUGCCAGUCGCGAG